AUGGCUCGUCAUGUCACCUUCGAAGGCUCUCUGGCCUUCAGCGUACUAACGGCCUUGCUUCUCAUCCGCUUCGGCUUACUGUCGACGGCCAAUGCGCUUUUCUACUCGACAUCAGCAAGUCUCUGCUCCUGGAUCAUCUACCGCACGUUCAUCUACCCAUUUUACAUCUCACCUCUUCGUCACAUUCCUACUGUGCCAGGGUGUCCUCUAUGGGGCCACGCGCCGGCUCGAUUGUCCAACGAACUCGGCAUUCCAGAGCGCGAAUGGCACAGAAAGUACGGACUCAUCGUGAGGUACUUCCUGCCCUUCGGGUUCGAGCGGUUGAAUAUUGCGGACGACGAUGCCAUCAAGGGGGUGACUGUGAGAAAGCCGUAUGACUUUGUCAAGGCUCCCAACGCAACGAAUUGGAUGAAGGGCAUGUUAGGGGAGAGAGGUGUUCUGCUGGCCGAGGGCGAAGUCCACGCUAAGCAGAGGAAGGUCCUGGCUCCCGCAUUCUCGACUGCAGCUAUUCGCAACUUGGAGGCUACAUUCUUUGAGAAAGGGCUUCUGCUAGCAGACCUCUUAGAGCAGAGCAUUCGAGCAGCGCCAGGCUCUAGUCGCUGUAUCGAGAUGCUAGGAUGGUUGAACCGAGCGACACUGGAUGUGAUCCGGACAGCAGCCUUCGACUACAACGUCGACUCACUUCGGAACCCCGAGGCACCCCUUCGCAAAGCGUACUCGGCGAUAUUUUCCUUUGACUUGAUGGCGGUUGUAGUGAUGGGCCUUAGAUUAUAUCUCGAUGCAGUCAAGUACCUGCCAUGCAAGAUCAACCGAGACCAUGAAAGGAGUGGCAGAGUCGUCACUGACAUCGCUUCAAGUGUCGUGGACUCAAAGCUAGACCCAGACAAGUCUGCUCCAGCUAAGAAGGACAUCAUCAGCCUGAUUGUCAAUCACAACCGAACCCUUCCACAAGGCGAAGGGUUGUCUUUCGAGGACAUCCGUGACCAGGUCAAGACAUUCCUCGGAGCAGGGCACGACACGACUGCAACCGGAGUCGCAUGGACGAUUGAUCUCCUAAGCAAACAUGGAGAUGUCCAUGAGCGGCCGCGCAAAGAGAUGAUCGCAGCAUUGCCAUCUCUCGCAGACGCUGCUUCAUCGAUCGACCUGGAGGCUCUGGCCCAAGAGAACGUUCUCGACCGCCUGCCGUACCUGAACAACGUCUGUCAAGAAUCUCUCCGAUUCAUCCCGCCAAUUCCUACCGUCAUCCGGAAAUCCAUCGCAGACAGCCACCUGGGCGGGUACCUCGUCCCAGCCGGCACAUACCUGUACAUCACCAGCCAUGCCAUCAACCACCUCGAAUGCUACUGGGGAGAGGAUGCGGAUCGAUUUGAUCCAGACCGAUGGGAUCGCCUCCCCAACGGAUGGGUUCCGAAUGCUUACCAGACAUUUCAGGAGGGUCCAAGAGGUUGCAUCGGGCGGAAGUUCGCAGAGACAGAGAUGAAGGUAUUUCUCGUGUGCCUGCUCUCGAGGUUUCGAUUUGAGCGGGACGAGCAAUGGCCAGAUCAAGAGACGAGGAAGAUGUGGCGGUUGGUGUUGCGGCCAAAAGAUGGUAUCAGCGUGAAGAUGAGUCUUGUCAACGAGAUGGUGUCGUCGGGGAAUUCUUGA